AUGGAAACUGAAAAGAAAAGCUGCCUUCGGAAAGAUUCGACGGUGACCAAAGUAAACGUAAGUCUCCGGCUGGAAGAUGAAAGGAAGCCGGUUUAUGCAAACUCGCUGACGGACCGUGAAAUGGAAUCUCUAGUAGCGAUCUGCGAUACUUUGAUAUCAUCGAUCGACGGCUCUGAAACGGAACACCUGGAUGACGGCGUCGCCGGAUAUUACUCUGCCUCCGCUUCUCAGAACGGAACUCCCGACCGCGUGGCGAGGUUAAUGAGUGCGAGAGUAAACCACCCAAAGAAGUGGAUACUAAGAGCUGGACUAUGGGCACUCUCCACUUGGAUCGGAAGUCUCGUCUUGUGUGGUCGGAGAAGUUUCACCGGCGAGUUUCCUUACUUCCGGAGAUUCUGCUGCCUUCCGGAGAAACAGAGAGAAGAGACAAUACUCAAUUGGGCUUCAAGCUAUUUCUCACUCCUUAGAAUGUUCUUUAGGUCCAUCAAACUUAUCACUGCCCUUGUCUUCUUCACUCAGGUGGAUGAAAAAGGAAAGAACGUGGCGUGGAAAGCAAUUGGAUACAACGUACCCAGCGCAGAUCAUAGUGCUCAUGAAGAAGAACUAAAUGAGAAGAUGAAGAAACCUGAGGAGAUCUUUGGACCGCUUUACAAUGGCAUCAUCGAUCUCAGAAACCCUAGAGAAGCCGUGUCAAAGAAGUUAGCUGGUCAAGGAUUCACAGUUUCAACUCAAAAAGGGAAUAAGAACGGUUCAUCUAUUUCUGACCCGGAGAUAACUAUCCGGUGUGAUGCUGUGGUGGUUGGGUCCGGAUCUGGCGGAGGAGUGGUGGCCGGAGUUUUAGCCAAGGCGGGUUACAAAGUUUUGGUGGUGGAGAAAGGGAAUUACUAUGCAAGAAGCAAGCUUUCUUUACUUGAGGGGCAAGCAAUGGAUGACAUGUAUUUAUCCGGUGGGUUAUUAGCGACUUCUGAUACGAACGUGGUUGUUCUUGCGGGGUCUACGGUCGGAGGCGGUUCUACGAUCAAUUGGUCUGCCUCGAUUAAGACACCCGAACAUGUGACGAAGGAAUGGGCGGAGAAGUUGGAACUCGAAAUGUUCGGAAGCGAUUUGUAUCGAGAGUCAAUGGAUGUUGUGUGUAAGAGAAUGGGUGUUCAAUGCGGAUUUGUAGAAGAAGGGUUUAACAAUGAGAUCUUGAGGAAAGGUUGUGAAGAAUUAGGGUUACCGGUGAAGGAUAUUCCAAGGAAUUCUUCAUCGGAUCAUUACUGUGGGUUUUGUUGCUUGGGAUGCAAGAAAGGUCAAAAGCAGGGGACUUCAGAGACUUGGCUUGUAGAUUUAGUGGAAUCUGGUAAUGGCUUGAUCCUUCCAGGUUGUGAAGCAUUGGAAGUCUUGUACGAAUGUGAACAGGGGAAGAAGAAGAAGACGGCGACUGGAGUUGCGUUUGCGUUUGGGGAAAAGAUUUAUGUGGUGGAGUCUAAAGUGAGUAUUGUGGCUUGUGGUGCGCUUAGAACGCCGCCUCUGUUGAAACGCAGCGGUUUGAAGAACCGGCACAUUGGGAGAAACCUUUGUCUACAUCCAGUGGUGAUGGCUUGGGGAUGGUUUCCAGAUGAAGAGAUGUGGCCAGAGAAGAAGAAAAAGAGCUACGAGGGAGGAAUAAUGACCGCAAUGUCUAGCGUUGUAAACGAACAAACACAGUCUUCUUAUGGCGAAUCGGUGAUCCAGACACCCUCUCUUCAUCCAGGGAUGUUCUCAGGGCUCAUUUCUUGGAGAUCAAGCAAAGAUUUCAAAACCCGAAUGCUAAAAUUCUCAAGAACAGCGCACGUUUUCGCGCUUUUGAGAGAUAAAGGAACCGGAGUAUCCGAGAGCUGCAUUGACUAUAACUUACAAGAAGAAGAUGAAGUGUCGUUACAAAAGGGUCUUGAGAGUGUCUUGAAGAUUCAAAUCGCGGCCGGAGCUGAGGAGAUCGGGACGCAUGAUUCAGAAGGUAAGAGUUUGAAUGUUAGAACAGCGAGUAAGGAAGAGAUUGAUCGGUUUGUGAAAGAAGAGAGUUCAAAGGAGUUGAAGAGUUUGUCAGGACAGAUAUGUUCAGCUCACCAAAUGGGUAGUUGUAGAAUGGGAAUAAGACCGGAAGCGUCUGCGGUGAGGCCAACGGGAGAGACUUGGGAGGUCGGAGGCUUAUACGUGGCGGAUACAAGUGUUUUUCCGACGGCUUUAGGGGUUAAUCCGAUGGUCACUGUUCAAUCUAUUGCUUAUUGUAUUGGACUUAAUGUUGUUGAUGUUCUUAAGAGAAAGAAAUGA